AUGGCUUGCUCUCACGGUCAAGUCUUUUUCAUUUGCGCCAUCGGCCUCAUCCUGCUGGCUCGGCCAGCCGCUGCCUUCGGUGCUGGUAACAUUGCCUCGCUUUCAAAGGUCGAGGGAAUCAAUUGGCGUCAUGGCGAUAUUGAAGAUACUCUGCUCACCAUCGCGGCUGCAAAAGCCAUGAGCGGGAAGAAGUUUGGCAAGUUGGACGUCAAGCGGGUCUACUUCGGCAACUGGCUGCGUGACUACUCACAAGCCGUUGAUGUCGGCACCGUCAAAUAUGUCAGCGCCGAGGCUAUUCGUAUUCUACUUUGGGUCUUGGGCUUCAUGUCUUUUGGCUAUGGGACCGCCGAGUUUGAAGUCACCACUGACCGUCUUGGCUGCUACCGUCCCGAAGAGCACAUCGACAACCCCAAGGACUAUGCUGAGAACCAGGACGCUCGCCAAUACGAUCGUCGUCUUCGUGGCCCUGUGGAUGAGCGUCGCGAGCUCAGCAUUAACCCAGAUACUGGCCUCAAGAACUACAUUGCUUCUGAGAACAUGGGCAUCGACACGUCGGCCGCUCUUGUACGCAACUUGUUCGGCCGUGCCAUCGAUCUGGGCCGCAAGUACAACCGUAGCAAGGACAAGAAGGAUCUCCAUGAGGCCCUUCGUCUGAUGGGUACCGCUUCUCACUGUCUCGAGGACUAUGCAGCUCACUCCAACUACGUCGAGCUUGCUCUGAUCGAAAUGGGCGAGCGGGACAUCUUUCCUCAUGUUGGCCGUGAUACUGCUGUUCGUCUGCGUGGAGCUCGCAACGAGGUCUGGCCUAUCGUGACCGGCACUUUCGGUGGCGUUGAUUUCCUCCACUCUGUCUGCGGUGAGUUUGAGGACAAGACGACUCAGUCCGAAAUCCAAGAGCUUGAGGGUGCACUCACCAACAGUGAACAAUCUGACGGCAGCGUUCUCCGUGAUCUCCUCAGCAAAGUUCCCAGCGGUCUCUUCGGCGGCAAAGACGAAGCUGGCAAAGUCAACGAACUGCAGCAGAAUGCUCAAGCUCAUCAAAUGCAGAACACCAGAAUCUCUCCCCGUCAGCCGGAGGAGUAUACUCGGUAUCUGAACGACGUCCAAAAGCAGAUCUACCCAAUCAUCCAGUGGCACGAUGAAGUCAUGCAGGGUCUUACCGAGACUAUUGAGAAGCUCCCAAUCUUACCAGAUCUGAUCGAGAACAUUCAAGAAGAGAUCAACAAGUUCGUCUUCAGUCUUCUUGCGCCUUACGUUGUGCCCAUCAUUCGGCAGAUCAAGAACGAGCUCGAGACCGGCUCCAGCGAGAUCAUUGGCUCUAGCAAGGCGCAGCAGCACAUCGUUUUCAACGACGACCGCUCCUCAGAUCCUACACAUUCCAUGCUGUCCAAGGACCACUUCUCAAAUGUGCUCAACGAACCUGCUGGCCGCGUCGCCAGCGCCACCGUCAAAUGGGUUGUGCCACAGAUUAUUGAAGCCUGGGAUAAUGAGCGAGCCGAUAUCCCUCGCACACUCGAUCGCAUCAUCAACGGCGUACUUCACCACCCUGCGCUUCGCGACCAGGGCGGAGAUGCCAGCGAAGGCCGGAGAAUGAUGUUCGGCGUCGUUGAAAAGUGGUGGAGCGAGAAGGAUAACCGCGAGAAGGACGCUCUCCGCCAGCAGCUCAGCCGACGUGGCGUCCAAUCCGGCGACAACCAUAAAAAGGGCGUUCAAGAUCAUGGUCAUGGAAGCUAUCGACCUCAGGGUCAAGGUUUCAAGAUUGCUGGCGUUACUGGUGGCCCUGGCGGGUCCGGCGGCGGCUCGGGCAGUUAUCCCAUCAGCGAAGCGAUGGGUGCCAUCGAAGGUCUCGUUGGUGGCCAAGGUGGUCAAGGUGGUCAGAGCGGCCGUCCCCAGGGUGGCUACGGUGGUGGUCGCCAGAGUGGCAACGAUUCUGCCGACAAGUUUGGCAAGAUGGCCGGCGAGGCUGCAGGAGGCGGAAUUCUUGGUGGCAUCGUGGGUGGCAUUGCUUCUGCCGUUGGUGCCGAUAUGCUUGGUGGCGGGCUCGACGAGAACAAACAGACCUACAAGCGCGAGUCUUACGGUCGUGAUGGCAGCCACUCGGAGACAUACACCCAAGUUGGUCAGUCCGGCGACCGCUACGGCCAGGCUCAGUACUCUCGCACCGACAAGCCGUCUGGUGGCCGCGCUGAGGAAUACACACGUUACGAGCAGCGGGGCGGCACCACCCAGGUCCAUCGCGAGGAGCGUGAUGAAAUGGGCGGUUACCGUGAGAAGACGCAGACGUACUCAUCUCAGCGUCGGGAUGAUGAUGACGAAGAUGACAACCGUCGCAGACAUGGCGCCUCGGGAGGCUACGGCGGCCGACGUGAUGACGAUGAUGAUGACCGUCGUCAGUAUGCUGGCUCUGCGGGUUACGGCAGCAGACGUGACGAUGAUGACGACGACAACCGCGGCGGCUCGUAUGGCAGAAGCCAAGCGCAUGUCUCCAGCGGUGGUUAUGGCCGUCAGGAACAUUCUAGCGGUGGGUAUGGCAGCCAGCAGAGCUAUGGCCGACGUGACGAUGACGAUGAUACCCGUGGUGGCUCGUAUGGCAGAAGCCAGGGCCAUGUCUCGAGCAGUGGCUACGGUCGUCAAGAACAGUCCAGUGGUGCUUAUGGCCGUCAGCAAGAGUCCAGUGGCGGGUACGGUCGUCAGGAAGAGACCAGCGGCGGAUACGGUCAUCAGCAGGAGUACGGCAGCAGUGGUCGCCGUGAUGACAAUGAUACCUAUGGGUCUGUUGGUGGCUACGGUCAGCAGCAGCAGUCCUAUGGCGGUUCCGUCGGCGGUUAUGGCCAGCAAGAGUCCUACGGUCGCUCCGAGGGCUACGGUCAGCAGCAAUCAUAUGGACGACGUGAUGAUGACGAAGACAAUGAUCGCUAUGGUCGCCGCAACGAAGACAGCUAUGGCAGCGGCAACCAGGGCUACGGCGGAGGUAAUCAGGGUUAUGGUGGAUCGAGCGGUGGUUAUGGCGAUGAUUCGGGCUACGGUGGUCGCCGCUACUAA